AUGGUACUUAAAUGUAUGGUACAUCAAGAUAAUGAUGUUGAUUCGAUAUGUCUAUCUUGUAGACUAUUGAUUUGUCAGCAUUGCAAAGCAGAUCACGAAGGUCAUGAGUUUGGUGAUGACCAAUCGUUGAAUGUGAAGAACAAUGCUAUUGUAGGUGAACGAUUGCAAUCUUUGUGGUCUAUGGUAAUCAAGACGAUCGGUCUAAUCAGUCAUCAUGAGAAUCAAGAGGAGACCAUUCACUUGUUCUUCGAGCAACUCUACAACUUCAUUAUGGUGGAGGAGCGUAAACUUAUUAAACCAGUCGAGAGAGAGCGUGAGAAGAAUCAAAAGAAACUGGAUAUCCUACUCAAGAACAUCGAUGGUUUACUCUCGAUUCUAAGUACCCGACCGAUCAUUGACAUUCAACAACCAACCUCUGAAUACGAAGAUGGUGAACCAAUAGAAUUCCAACCAGAUUACAAUCAAAAUAGUUAUCUUGAACAAUAUAAUGAUAAUAAUAAUAAUAAUCAGAACAAUACAUUAAAUAAUGAUAUAUAUAACAAUAGUAAUAAUAAUAAUAAUAAUAAUAACAAUUUCGAAGAAACAAGAGUGUUUAAUCAUACAUUGUCAGCAUUACCAUUCGAUCAACUAAAGGAAUUAGUUGCACAGUAUGAUUCAAUAGAGAAAUUCAUUGAUAAACAUACUAUUCAAUCGAAAGCAAUGAAAUCAUCUUCAUCUUCAAUCGAUUUCGGUUCAGCAUUCAAUAGUAGUAAUCAUUCAAAUUGUAAUGAUAAUAUUAGUAUAAUAGAUAAAGAUAAAGAUAGUAAUAAUAAUAAUAAUAGUGAUAAUGAUAAUGAUAGUCACAAAAGUUGUAUGGAUUCUUUAGUAUUGUCAUCGAAUAUAGAAGAAUUAUAUAAACAAAUAGUAAAGAUAGAGGACACUGAUAUGGAUACUAUAAAUUCAGAGUUGAAGAGUUACGAUGAUUUCGAGACUGGCGAUGUGUUGUGUGGCUUCGGUUUCGAUGCAGAGUUGUUGGAAAAGGUGAAGAACGACUUGAAACGAGUCUAUGAAAUCGACUUUUCAACGAUGGAACAACGUGACGGUGGAAAGCAACGACAAUGGGCAAGACCGAUGGCAAGGAGAAUGUUGGUGCGUGGUGGAAUGGGUGUGUCGGCAUGCUACGAUGGAGUGCGCUACAUUUACUUGACCGGUGGAUUCGAAGAUAGUAAAUGUUUGGAUAGAAUCGAUCGAUUCGAUACUACUUCCGGUCAGUUUGUGGCGAAUGUAGGUAAACUUACAGAACCACUCUAUAAUGCAUUCACUUUUUAUCACAAUGAAUUACUCUAUGUCGUUGGAGGUUGGAAGAAAGAACCACAUUGUACCAAUAACUGUACGCUGUCCAUAUACAAACUACAAGCUCCAAGUAAUGAUCAACAACCAAUACCUGUUUUAUCAUUCCAAGUAUCUGCUCAUCCAACUGUUAACAGUAACAAUAACAAUAGCAAUAGUAGAGGAAGUAAAAGAGAUAAUAGUAGAGGGAAGGAUAAUAAAAACAAUAAUAAUCAUACAGAAGAAGUUUAUUCAUCGCUGGUUUUGGAGAUGCCAUUGAAGUCAACAAGUGGUGUUGAGAAAUGUUGUUUCGAUCCAUUGUCAAAUCAUCUUUAUUAUAUGGGUGAGGAUGAAGUGUUCUUCCGUUUAUCGAUUAAUUCACAAUCGGUUGAAAUUCUACCACCUCUACCGAUCGAAUCAACAUCGAUCGGUGCUUCGCUCUUAUUCGGAAUCGACAACAUGUCCAACCGAUAUAUCUACUUGGUUGGUGGUGAACAACAAAAACUAUUCCACUUUGACCUAAAGACAUCGACCUGGUCACAACUACAACCACCACCCUAUCCAACUUCAUUCCAAUCUGCUAUUGGUCUACUCGAACAAUAA